UGAUGACAAAAUCAGCUGCCAAUUUACGUUUAGAGUAAAAUUUUCCACUUUAAAUGAAACAUGCUGUGCACUCUGUUUAACAGACUUUUCAGCUUUUGUAAUCUGUGUGAAUUAAUUAUUUAGUAUUUACUAAUAACAAAACGGUAUUAAAUUCUUAAAAUUUGAGUUCGAAUUGCUAUACUUAAGUGUUAUCGACUUCAAAAUUGUAUAAACAUGUCGACAGACUUAGGUGCUAGUUUCAAUGAACAAUAUGUAAAUAUUAACACUAAGUUGAAGAAGCGUUUUAUGCGCCGCCCUAAUAUAUCAGAAGCGACGAACGAGUUCAUUGGUCUUGCAAUCCAGUGUGAGAACUGUGAGCAACCAACUUUUGCUGGGCAAACGUAUAUUGGCGCGGCAAAAUGUGAGGCGUCUGCUGGAAAUAUUUUAGGAGAAGCUGAAAAUUAUAUUGCAGCUGCCAGACAAUUUAUGAAAGCGGAAAAAAAGCUUUUCUCACUUAAAUUUGAUAGUCCAGAUAGAGAAAACUUGGAGGCAGCUAUUGGAUGUUUCUUGCAAGCAUUACAGAAGUAUCCAGAAAAAUCUCCACUCCGUGCUUCAAUACUAUUGGAAAUUGCAAAUGAUCUUUUGGAGAUAAAUCAUAAGCUGGAAGCCAUAGCAUAUUUUAAACAAGCUUUGGAUAUAAUACAGGAUGAAACGAUGAAACUGAUGUGUAUGAUUAAGCUAUUCAAUAUGCAAAUAGACAGUGGAAAGCUGAAUUUAGCAUUACAAACUGGUAAUUCAAUAACAGAUCUGAAAUGUCAUGUGCCUGAUAGGCUAUUAACAGAGAUACAAGUAAGCAGAGUUCUCUUAGCUCUACAUGUUGACAUGAAUGAUAAGAAUAGGACUGAGUCUUUGAAAAAGCUGUUUUCUGAUCUGCUUAAUGAUGAUGAAGAAUGUGACACUAUACAAUUUAACCCUGAUUUUAAAUUAAAACUACAGUCUAUUAUAAUAUCAAGCAACUUGGAGGACCAACAGGCAUUAAUUGCUAUCAGUAUGGACACAAAACCAUAUCUUACAGACCAACAAUGGGAUUUACUUCAAUCAUUAAUCUGUAAAAAACAAGAAGAUUGAGUCAAUAGUAAAUAGUUAAUAGAAUAGAUUAGUAAUGAUAAAGAUAUUUAAUUACCUUUUUAAUACUCAGUCCUCAAUUUAAAUGCCAUUACUGACUACCUGACACCACAUCUUACAAGUUCUUAACCUUCAAUAUAUUGGGUAAAGGUAAAGGUGUAGUUCAAAAUUUAUUCUAAUAUAAAAAUUGCAAACAUUUAGUAUUUGUUUAAAAUAAUAACCAUUAUUUAUGUAGCAGCUAGUUGGUAUUUUAUUAUAAGUAUCUAAUGUAAUCUUUAUCUUUUUGGAAAUGUCUAGUAUUGGUUACUUUAUGUUCAAUUUUAUUAUUUCCUUUCCAGUAUGCACAAAAUAUGUAAUAAAUUGUCUAAGUGUUGUUUAUUUUAAUAAAACUAAGGGUCU